UUUUAUUGCAUUUGCGCCCAAAGAAGUCGCACGUACUCGGAAGACCUGAAUUUGAGGGAUAAAAAGAAAGGCAAUGAAAGCACCCUUCAUGAGUAUACUGCUUGCUUCUAUGGCAUCGCCUCUCAAGGGAUCAUGCCCGGAAAAUACAGCUGCAGUUAUAUGCCAUGGAGCUGCCUUCGUUCCACAAGUAUACUGUAAUGAUGCCGAUCCCGAAAAAUGGCCGUGCAAAAGGCAGCGAAAUAUAAGGUGCGGUUGCGUAGCUGGAUAUGCCCGUGCAAGGAACGGUGAAUGUGUGCGAGUAACAGAGUGCGACAUUAGAAACGAUGUUCGAUUGAUAUAUCCAUACGCUAGUAAUACUCAAUCAGAGGGCAAUCAGAACGGCAAAGAUGUGCAAGGAACUAACAGGGAACUCACCGGGCUUGGUGAAACGGUUUUAGAGUUACUUAAGAGUACAGAACAUAUAUACGUGACGAAAAUUUCCACACAUAUAGAGAGAAAUGAUGAAUGUGUCUGCCUGAAGUCAUCAUUCUUGGUGAACGGAGUUGAUGGAGUUGAACGCACGCUAGAAUGCUACUACUACGUGCCUUCACGAGCUGGUCAUGGAUCUAAAGCGAAAGUGCUUGAAACUACGAGGCUAAUAAGUAGAAAACAAUAUGCCGAAUUCAAGGUGAGCACCAACGGCAGUAAGACAGUUAUCAAUGUUGACCCCGCAGAACUCCCAAGCGAAGUGACACACUUAAAUGAGCGAGAAUUAUACCUUACCGGCGAAUUCAUUGUCCUGCAAGCUGAUUUGCAAUGCCUAGUUGUGGAACUUGGUAAAGAAAGUGACGGACGCAGCAUCUGCUUACUCUGGACAUCUGCCUCCAGUGUAAAUAACGAACAAAGCAAGUGUCUGAAUGACUUACAACAGUUGUGCCAAAUGCCUAUGAAGGAUGUUACAAAUAACAUUAACAAAUGCAAUGAGCACGAUGCUUCGGAGCAGGGAGCAGACGAGAAAGCAAAUCAAGGAUUCCUGGACCGUACGAGCUCUCAGAAGUAGUUUUUCGUUUGUUCAAUUAUUGCUGACGAUGAAUAUUUUUUUACCUAAAUAUGUCAAAAUAAAAGUA